UAGACCUGGAUGUCGUGCGAUCCAAAUUGUUUAUUAACCAGAGUAUUGUUACAAUAAUGAUAUGGUUCCACAAAACUCACUGAUUCUCGUUGGGGUAUAAAUAGUUCUGCAUGCAGUACUGCGUUCAUUUGCCAUAAAAAAAUUCAUACCAAAAACAUUGAAAAUCAUUGAACAAGAAUUAAUUAUGAAUUCCGUAAUGUGUGGAUUAUUAAAUAUCAGUUUGAUUCUUCUAAUCUGCGGAAUUCCAGUCUCGCAAGGAUUUUCGUAUGAUAAAACUGGAGAAUGGGGCAACGAGAGUCCCAUCUGCAAUGGUAAAUCGCAAUCACCAAUUAAUAUCGAUUUUAAUGACAAAAACGCAUUGAAACAAGAUAUGGUUUCGCUCCAGUGGAAUGGAUAUGAAAACAUUCCUGAUGUGAUGAUCGGAGCUAAUAACGGACACACAAUCAAAGUCAUUCCCAAGUGGUUAGAUACAGCGAAAAGACCUUAUUUAUCUGGUGGACCACUUGAUAGUCAAUAUGUUCUCCAAGAAUUUCAUUUCCACUGGGGAGCGGAUAACAGUGUCGGAAGUGAACACACAGUAAACGGAAAAAGUUUUGUCCUUGAACUUCACAUGGUGCAUUGGAAACUUGAUUACGGCUCCUUCUCAGCAGCUGUUGCAGCACCAGACGGACUGGCAGUAGUCGGAUCUUUUUAUGACGUCAACAAUACGGUUAGCAAACCGUCAAGCGGUGUCAACAAUAUUAUUAAU